GCAGAAGCCAGCCCUUUGUGCUAUUUCGCAGAAACAAACUGCCGGACGCAGCAAACACCCUGAAGAUGAGAGCAUGCCUGCAAUUCCCUGCACUUCGGUUGGCAUGCAUGGGCUGAUUGCUCCCAAUUCCAAGAACCUCAUGGACUCCUCCCUCUCCUGCCGCCAUACCCUUCAUUUCCCUUAUAUAAACACCUACCUGGCUACCUCCUCCAUUACCCAAAACUGCAGUCCACAACUCCACGCAAAAGUCUUGCCAACCAUUGCCAGAUCUUCAAUCUUUGCCAUGAUCUCACGAGAUAACUCCAGCAUGGACUCAGACAAGGGUGCCUCCGUGCAGUUCCAGGACUUCCUGCCAGUGAUGGCGAGGAGGCUCGGCGUGGAGGGCCUGAUGCAGGAGCUAUGCAAGGGGUUCCAGCUGCUCAUGGAGCCCAGGGCAGGAAAGAUCACCUUCCGGAGCCUGAAGCAGAACGCGGCCAGGCUCGGGCUUGGCCAGCUCCGGGAUGAUGAACUCCUGGAGAUGAUGAAGGAAGGUGACAUGGAUGGGGACGGGGCGCUGGAUCAGUUGGAGUUCUGCAUCCUCAUGGUCAGACUGAGCCCUGAGCUGAUGGAAGAAGAGGCACACAUGAUGUUUCAGCAUUGAUGUAGUUUGAUCCUUGUUACUUGGUACAGCAGAAUAUAGUGAUAUUUUAUCAUUUUGCUAGUUCAAGUCAAAUGUGAUACUGCAUUCAGAAAUAUUAAUGUGGACAGGCUGACAUUGCUCAGAUUAUGAUACUAACAAAAGCUGAAAAUUGGACUACAAAGUUCCACGAGCAUUCACUUUGCAGUUACCUGAUGAAUAAUACUGUGUCCUGUUACCAGCGAGGGGAAAUUAUUUAUUCGAAACCGUGUGCAAAUACGUAGAACAAAAAAAAAAAAA